UUCUGACUUUCUGUGCUUCUUGCUUCAGCUUCACACUCACAAGAAUCACAAGUUGUUGUGUUUUGGUUUUCAUCAUUCGUGCUUGGUGCUUCCUGAAAUAUACAUUUUAGUUUCAGUGUUGUUUCAAUAUCUGCUGAAAUGAGUUUACACAAGUCUAGAAUAAAGGCAUUUGAAGAUAUACUGGACCAUGACUGUAUAGACAUGGAACAACUCCAGAAGUUGGCAUUCAAUGGAAUACCGGAUGAGAAGGGCCUACGCUCCCUGGUGUGGAAGAUUCUGCUCCGCUACAUCCCAGCAGAGAGGGGCUUGCGAGAACAGACACUCAUUCAGAAGAGGCAGCUUUACAAACAGUUCAUUGACGAAAUAAUUGUGUCCCCGGACGGUGGUGCCACCGAUCAUCCGCUCAACAUCAGCCCCGACAGCUCCUGGAGCAAUUACUUCAAGGACAACGAGGUGCUGCUACAGAUUGACAAAGAUGUCCGCAGACUCUGUCCAGAUAUAUCCUUCUUCCAAUCAGCCACCGAGUUUCCUUGUCCCGAGAUCGUAAACAGUAAUGGGGUGAAAAGACUACACAAGCGCGUCCAACAAUCUAUGCUCAAAUAUUCUACGCUUGAAAGAAGAGGGCUGGGUGUGGCUAAGUUAAGCAACGAGAUCCGCCGGUCGGACGGUAUGUCGGGAGACUACGCGCCCUUGAAUGAAGGUUCCGAGGCACACUGGGAGGUGGUGGAACGAAUGCUGUUCCUAUACGCAAAGCUGAACCCCGGGCAGGGCUAUGUCCAGGGCAUGAACGAGAUCAUCGGGCCUAUCUACCACACCUUCGCUAUAGACCCCGACAAGGAAUACCGGCAGCACGCCGAGGCCGACUGCUUCUUCUGCUUCACGAACCUCAUGGCGGAGAUCCGGGACUUCUUCAUCAGGACUCUGGACGAGGCGGAGAGCGGCAUCAACCACAAGAUGGCGCGGCUGGCGGGCUGCGUGAGGCGCCUCGACCCGCCCGUGGCCGCCCUACUGGACAGGCAGGAGCUGCACACGCAGUAUUACAGCUUUAGAUGGCUGACCCUGCUGUUGUCUCAAGAGUUCUCGCUGCCCGACGUGGAGAGAAUCUGGGACUCCCUGUUUGCUGACCCGGUGCGGUUCGACUUCCUCAUCUACAUUUGCUGCGCUAUGAUAUUAUUGGUCCGCGACAACCUGCUAAGCAACGAUUUCGCGAAUAACGUCAAAUUGCUACAAAACUACCCUCCAAUGGACGUAUCUCUGAUCCUCAAUAAAGCCGUGGAGAUAUCGACCCUAUAGUAUCUACUCCUUUCACAAAGCGACAUUUGUGAAGGUAAAUAAACUUGUUCAUAUUCAAUUAGAUUGUUAAGGUUAGUAUAGACUUGGCGACACAAUGGCAAGUCGUGGUCCAUUCCAAAAUCUUUUUUUUAAGUUUUUUAAGGUGUAUAUUUUUACUAACCUAAUUAAUUAAAAGUAUUCAUUGAACUAAAAUGGGGUUUUAUACGUUCAUAGGUGGACUUUCACGAAACGUUAAACGUAUUUAGCUGCAACCAAAUAUCUUUAGAAAUUGGCGAAAUUCUACCUUUCAAAUUUUAAAUACGUUUAGGGUUUGGUAGAAGUCACCCUUUAGUAUCACGUAGAUAGUCAACAUUCCGAUAUCACGACGAAGCUUUUCAAACCUCUUCUAAAAUGAUUGUUCUUUGAAUACGCGGUAAUCGGUAAAAGUAUGAAGUGUGUUGGACGACACCCCAUUGUGAUGCCAUUUAACAGUAGAAUAAGAGCCCAGCUCAUAGAAUGCCAUACACUGUGACCUGUGACUAAAGAAAUUAGAUAUCCAAAGUCCUACUGACAAAAACAUAUGUUUGAGCAUAUACAGGGUGUUACAAAAAGGGUAUACCAAGGCGAAACCUACGUGUGCAGCAUGUUAUAUCCAAACCCUGUAUAAUAUAUAUGUAUAAAAUUUACUAGCCUGUCUAAAUACAUGUAUAUGUACCUACGUGUAUAUAAACUUUUAUGUAAAUAUUAUUGGGUACAUAAAAUAUUAGACAUACAUUUAUGUCAUAAAAGAGAUGUUUAGACCCAUUCCAUUCACCCAGAUCCUAAUUUGAGUAGGUAUACCUAGCAUGAACUUAAAUCCUCCUCAACAAUGACAAUAAAUUUCGCCAAUCGUAACGCACACUAAGGUGGAAUUUCACCAAACGCUAAACGUAUUUAGUAGCCUGUCAACUGUCAGUCAGUUAGUACAAAAUGUACUUAAAAUUUGAUUUAAAUACGUUUAGCGUUUGGUAAAAGUGACCCUUAAAUUGACGUUCUCAGCUCUUUAUGGCCAGAUUCGAUUGGGUACGUAAUCUAAGUCUGUCCCUACAUAACUUUAUGAUGUUAAGCAUAUUGUGUGGUUAUAUUAUAGCAUCACACAAGUACUAGUAUGGAUUCUACUAUACACCAAUCCAUAAACAAUAAUAUAUAAGAUGAUUAUAU